UCCAGCAAGCUGGACACCGCAGCUUCACACCACAACACCUCUGCCUCCACCUCCACCCCUCCCCACAGGGAAACCUCCAAUCCACAGCCAGACUACCCCAGCGUGCACGGCCCCCGCGAAGAGCAGUAUGUGAGUGAGGUCGCGCCCCCCGAUGACAUCACCACCGUCUACAGAGAUGCCGGGACCAUCACUGAUGUGUGUAACAGUACUGAUCUUCCAGAGGUGGAGAUCAUCAGUCUGCUGGAGGAGCAGUUGCCCCACUACAAGCUGCGAGCAGACACCAUCUACGGGUAUGACCACGAUGACUGGCUCCACACCCCUCUCCUCUCCCCCGACACCAACCUGGACCUCAACGUGGAGCAGAUUGAGGAGACUCUGAAGUAUUUCCUUCUAUGUGCUGAAAGAGUGGGCCAGAUGACUAAGACGUACAGUGACAUAGAUGCUGUAACUCGUCUGCUUGAAGAGAAAGAACGGGACUUGGAGCUCGCCGCCCGCAUCGGCCAGUCACUACUGAAGAAGAACAAAACCCUCAGUGAGAGGAAUGAAUUCCUGGAGGAGCAAGUGGAGCACAUUCGAGAGGAGGUUUCUCAGCUGCGCCAUGAUCUGUCUAUGAAAGAUGAGCUUCUCCAGUUCUACACUAGUGCAGCAGAGGAGAGUGAAGGAGAUUCGUCCACCUGUACCCCCAUCCGCCACAAUGACUCCACACUGUCGGUGCCAAGAUACUUCCCCCUGGACUCACUGCAGAAGAAACUCAAAGACCUGGAGGCAGAGAACAUCUCUCUCAGAUCAGAGGCCAGUCACCUGGAGACUGAGACAGAGGAGUACGAGGAGAAGGAGCAGCAGCUGGUCAACGACGUCGUCAAAGAGCUGAGAGAUGCCAACCACCAGAUGUCCACCCUGGCGGAGGAGCUGGCGAGGAAGACGGACGACGGGUCUCGCCAGCAGGAGGAGAUCACACACCUCCUGUCCCAGAUUGUAGACCUGCAGAAGAAGUCCAAGUCUUAUGCAGUGGAAAACCAAGAGCUCACCCAGCAUCUAGGUGCUGCCAAAGAUGCCCAGCGCCAGCUCACUGCUGAGCUGAGGGAGUUGGAGGAUAAGUAUGCAGAGUGUAUGGAGAUGCUCCAUGAGGCCCAGGAAGAGCUGAAAAACCUCCGGAAUAAAUCACUACCUCUCAGUACACCCCGACGCUUCCACUCCCUGGGCCUGUUCCCUAUGGUGUCAGAUGGUAACAGCAUUGUUUAUGCAGAGGGGGACUCUCUAGCUGCUGAGAUUGAGGGCACCAUGAGGAAGGGGCUGGCUAUGGAUGACCCGGAAGUGGAAGAGCAGAAGUUGCACCCCAAGCGUGUGUUUGAGACUGUGAAAAACGUUAACCUGAUGCGUCAGCGCUCCUCUCUGGCCCCGUCUCCCAUGAACAUCCCCGGCUCCAACCGGUCGUCCUGUCUGAACUCUGGCCGCUCCAGCUGCCUGUCCACGCCCCGCUCCAGCCUGUACGGAGGAGAUAUGGGGAGCAUCCUCAUAGACAACCACACCAACAGCUUCAUACUGGAGACGCCUGACCACAGUAUGGAUGACUCCAACAAGAAACCAGGGACCCCUGGAACACCGGGCUCUCAGGAUCUGGAAGCAGCCCUGCGACGUCUCUCCCUGCGACGGGACAACUACCUGAGCGAGCGGCGGUUCUUCGAGGAGGAGAGGGAUCGGAAGCUCCAGGGGCUGGUGGAGAAGGGAGAGGUGUACAACGGCAGUAUGACCCCCACAGAGAGCAUCAUGUCCCUGGGAGGAACCCACCCCUCUUCCAUCUGGUCUGGGUACUCAUUCAGCUCCCGCUCCUACCUGCCGGAGAAGCUGCAGAUCGUCAAGCCACUGGAAGGCUCGGCCACCCUGCACCAGUGGCAGCAGCUGGCCCAGCCCAACCUGGGUGGGAUCCUGGACACGCGGCCUGGUGUGGUCACUAAGGGCUUCCGUCCUCUGGAACUAGACCUGGAGCACAUGUACCUGUUCACUGACUUUGAGGAGGAGGACUUUGAGGUAGUGGAGGAGUCUGACCACCUGUCUGUCUCAGGCUCUACCCCGACUGUAGUGGCAUCUCCAUCCUCAGCCGGCAGGGCCUCCGUACCCGCUCCUCCUCCUGCUCCUCCUCCUGCAGUGGCAGAUUCAUCAACAACAACCUUCCAGAGGGAGAAGCCAGGGAAGAGGGCGAGACAGGCCCAGGCAGCACAUCACUGUCGUCCCCUGCACCUCCAGACAGCAAGAACCAGGAGAACCAGGAUCAGGCUGCAGCCGCUGACGGGGUGCCCGGUGAGGGAGCCUGCUAAAUGGGUCACACAGGCACCGGACGUCCCUAGCCCUCCCUUCUACCUCAGGAUAUUGGGGCAUUCAUUGGCCAUAGCCAUCCCCUCCUCGCCUGCCCGUCGGUCCCCGAUCCCUCCACGCUCAUGCACACAUCUCCAGACACACCCACCUCAUCCAGAUGUGUCCAGACAUACCCACCUCGUCCAGACACACCCACCUCAUCCAGACGUGUCCAGACAUACCCACCUCGUCCAGACACACCCACCUCAUCCAGACGUGUGCUACUGUCAUACCCCUUUUGAGUCCCACUUCCCUGGUAAAUGCAUGUCCAACACCAGCUCCACCUAUACCUUCACCACCUGUCGGAUCAUGCACCCCUCAGACGAGCUGACCAGAGUCACCCCCAGCCUUAUGUCGGGCCCUACUGCCUCCUGCGUCAUGACCAGCAGCAGCAGCGUCAGAUCUACACCCUGCUCAACUCCUUGCACCCCGCGUCGCCUCAGCCUGGCAGCCGAGUCCUUCACCAACCUGAGAGACUCCACCAAGACCAUGAGCACUAGUGGAGGUCUGGUGCGGCUCCUCCAGGAGCGAGGCAUCUCUGCAGCAGUCUACAACCCUCAGAGCUGGGACCGGGCAGACUGUAGCACCUCCAUCCCCACUGGGGGGCUACCGUCGCUUCUACCGCCGCGGCCCCCUGACACCCUACCCUCCACGCCGCCCAACUCCCCAACCCACCGCUCCCUAUGUGCCAAACCCAGCAGCCCCGUUGGCCCCUUCGAACUCAGUCCCAGCGCCCCGCCCUAUGACAACUUCCUGGCAUCGAAGCCGGCCAGCUCCAUCCUGAAGGAGGUGAGGGCAGAGGCCCAGAGCAGUGAGUCAGCAGACAGCGAGUGUCAGACUGACGUCAGCGUCCACAAUCUGAAGCUGGUGGACAAGCUGAAGCGCUUCAGCGUGGCUGGGGCCAGCCCCUCUUUAUCAGGGGCCACGGGGCCCACCAUGCUGGGGCCCCUCAGCGGCCUCCACCGCCCUUCCCACUUCUGCCCUUCUGUGGUGACCAGUCCCAUAGGGGGCCUCGGCCCCGCUCUGAACGCAGGCAUCCGCCGUAACCGCAGCUACCCGGCCAUGGUAGGGGCCGGCAUGGCUAUGAAGGGCCCGGGGCCCCAAAGCCCCACAGACAUGCUCCUGGCUUCUUCCUCCAAGCUCCCCAGACAGACUAGUCUCAAUGAUGGGUGAAUGAAUGUUGACUUUUCUCUUCUGUCUGUCACCUGUCAGAUGAGUUGGAUGUAUAUAUAGCUGCUGUAUGAGUCCCCGGUCUGUGACAAAUCAACUCUGUGCCUGAAAGAGAUGCCCUUUCUUUUUACAGUGCAUUUUGUAUCAAUGCUAAUUAUUUUGUCUUUCUUUCUCUAUUCUGUCUCUCUCUCCUCUCCUGUCCCCUUUCUCUAUUCUGUCUCCCUCUCCUGUCCUCUCCUCUAUUCUGUCUCUCUCUCCUCUCCUGUCCUCUUU